AUGACUACCACAACCUCUUACCCACCUUCAAGUCAAUUCGAACCUUCAUCAUCUACCAGUAAUCUCAGAGAGUUACUAGAUGCGGAAGAAGAACAAGAUGUUUUCGACCCCUCUUCCAUCGAUCCAGCUUUACGUCUUCGAACAGUUCGUACGGCCCAUUCUGUCUUAGCUGAGAGUAUACGUUCCGAAGCUAUGGCAGAUCAAAGAAAAAGGAAAAGAAGAUUAUUUUCUGGAAUCAAAAGAAAAGCUUCUACUAUGGGAAGUAAAAAACGACCCGUUUCUGAAAUCCCAUCAACUCGUUCUGUCAGUGGGAAAAGUUCAAAAGAAAGGUCCUCAACAAUUAACGAUUUCGGAACUAGUACUUCUACCACACCAUUAAAUCCUAUAAAAGAAGAAUCAAAUCAUACCAAAACGAAUGUUAUCAAUUCUUUAAAAGAAAGAAAACAUAAAAUACCACAAAGAAGAACGGUUUAUGUCAAUUUACCACUUCCACAACAUUUAGUCAAUUCUAUAGGAGAUCCUAUAAUUCGUUAUGUUAGAAAUAAAGUUAGGACUUCGAAAUAUACAAUUGUCACUUUUCUUCCUAAAAAUUUAUUUGAACAAUUUCGAAGAGUUGCCAAUAUCUAUUUCCUCACUUUGGUCAUUUUACAAUUAUUCUCCAUCUUUGGAGCUCCCAAUGCGCAAAUAGGAAUGUUACCUUUGAUUUUCAUUUUGAGUAUCACAGCUAUCAAAGAUGGGAUAGAAGAUUGGCGUAGGUCUAGAUUAGAUGAUGAAGUGAAUAAUUCAGCUACUACAAAACUCGGAGGAUGGAGGAAUGUCAAUCAACCUAGAGAUCCUAGAUCGUUUUUGGAAAGAAUAUUAGGUAUCGGGACUGCACCUGGAAAAGCAAGUAAAGGUGUAAGGAAAUUAAGAGAUACAGAGGCUAAAGCUGGUCAACAGAUAAUAAUGGAUCAAAUCAAGAAUAUUGAUGAAGAAGAAGAAUUAUCAAAUGUCACCGUGAUGGAUAAAGGAACAAUACCGUUGGAUAAUAUAACACCUUCUCAGAUAUCACUUUCAUCAAAUAUGACCGACCCUCCAGAUUAUUCCUUAGGAAGAUUGAUAAAAACUCAAUCCGUACCCAGUAUGAUGUCAAGGAGAAGUGGAGGAGUGAUCGAUUGGUCUUUCCCAGGAUCAGGUUCAGCACAAUGGGAAAGAACAUUAUGGAAAAAACUAGAAGUUGGCGAUUUAGUUUUAUUGAGGGAUAACGAACAAGUUCCAGCGGAUAUAAUCGUUUUAUCAACUUCAAAUCCUGAUGAUUUAUGUUUCGUCGAAACUAAAAAUCUUGACGGAGAAACGAAUCUGAAAGUACGUAAAGCUUUGAAAGCCACGGCGAGGAUCAACUCCGAAGAAGAUUUAGAACAUGCUAGAUUUAUCAUUGAGAGUGAACCUCCUCAUGCCAAUUUAUACAAUUACAAUGGCGUUCUUCGAUAUACUCCUGUCAACGAAGGAAAAGAAGGAGGAGUGAGGAGUGAGGCGGUAACUAUUAAUGAAAUGUUAUUGAGAGGAUGUUCUUUGAGAAAUACGAAAUGGAUCAUUGGGAUGGUUAUUUUUACAGGAGCGGACACGAAGAUUAUGUUGAAUGGUGGAGAGACACCUUCCAAACGGAGUAAAAUCGAGAAAGAAACAAGCGGUUACUACGCCUCCUUCGAUCAAAGCUCAGCUAAAUACUAUGAAAUCGGUGCUGAACCUUCUGACAAUAUCUACUUGGACGCACUUGUCAUCUUUUUCUCGUGUCUCAUAGUCUUUCAAAAUAUCGUUCCCAUUUCUCUAUACAUCACCAUCGAAGUCGUCAAGACCAUUCAAGCUUAUUUCAUUUAUCAAGAUGUCGACAUGUAUUACGCAGCAUACGAUACUCCCUGCGUUCCUAAAACAUGGAAUAUCUCAGAUGACUUGGGACAGAUCGAAUACGUUUUCUCGGAUAAGACCGGAACUCUCACUCAAAACAUUAUGGAAUUCAAGAAAUGUUCUAUACGAGGUAUCACGUUUGGAGAAGGUAUGACGGAAGCCAUGUUAGGUGCUGCAAAACGUACCGGAGAGAAUAUCACCGAAGCUAUGGAAGAUCAAGAACCAAUGUUGACCGCUGCGAAAGAAAAAAUGGUACGCAUAAUGAAAAGCUCGAUACAUAAUCGAUAUCUUCGUGAAGACAAAUUAACUUUAAUCUCCCCCGAUAUGGCAUCCAGUCUUUCAAAUCCUUCUGAUCCACUUCGACCUCAUCUCAUUGCUUUUUGGCGCGCUUUGGCUAUAUGUCACACGGUAUUAUCCGACGCUCCUGAUCCUGAUAAACCCACCAUAAUCGAUUACAAAGCUGAAUCACCCGAUGAAGCUGCUCUAGUGGGAGCAGCCAGAGAUGUCGGUUUCCCUUUUGUCAAUCGUAAUCCUAAUCGAAUCGAUAUCGAAGUUCUUGGUCAUAUUGAAAAAUGGACACCUUUAAGAGUAUUAGAAUUCAAUAGUAGUCGAAAACGGAUGAGUGUCAUUGUGCGAGAUCCUCAAAAUCGUAUUGUUCUCUUCACCAAAGGAGCCGAUAGUGUUAUAUUCCAACGACUUGCUGCAGAUCAUGAUGAAAGAUUGAAAAGCGAAACUCUCCGAGAUUUAGAGACCUUCGCCAAUGGUGGAUUAAGAACUUUAUUAGUAGCACAACGAUAUUUGGACGAAAACGAAUUCAACGAAUGGGCGGAAACGUACGAUACAGCAUGUGCAUCAGUAGAAGAUCGUGAUUCUGAAAUCGAUAAAGCAUGUGAAUUAAUCGAACAUUCUCUCACUAUAUUAGGAGCGACAGCAUUAGAAGAUAAAUUACAAGAAGGUGUACCUGAUGCUAUUGCGACACUUCAUCAAGCAGGUAUAAAACUUUGGAUCUUAACAGGUGAUAAAUUACAAACCGCAAUCGAAAUUGGUUAUUCUUGUAACCUCUUAACGAACGAUAUGGAAGUCAUGAUCAUUUCAGCGGAUUCUGAACCUGGUGCAAGGAUGCAAAUCGAAGCUGGUUUAAAUAAAAUAGCUUCAAUGAUACCACCUUUAUCCGCAAACCCUUCUCAUAUUUCCAAAAAUCGAAAUCGACAAAAAAUGGAUUUAACAGGAAAUUUCGCAGUUGUUAUCGAUGGUGAUUCUCUCAGAUUCGCUUUACAUGAAAGUUUAAAGAAACUUUUCUUAGAACUUUGUAAACAAUGUGCUGCUGUUAUUUGUUGUAGAGUUUCACCUAGUCAAAAAGCUUUAACUGUAAGAUUGGUAAAAGAAGGUUGUAAAGCUAUGACUUUAUCAAUUGGAGAUGGUGCGAAUGAUGUCGCUAUGAUUCAAGAAGCUAAUAUAGGUGUUGGAUUAUUCGGUUUGGAAGGUUCUCAAGCUGCAAUGUCUGCGGAUUACGCUUUUGGUCAAUUUAGGUUUUUAACUAAAUUAUUGUUGGUUCAUGGGAGAUGGUCUUAUGUUCGGAUUGCCGAUAUGCACGCGAACUUCUUCUACAAAAACAUCAUCUGGACUCUGGCAAUGUUCUGGUAUCAACUCUUCUGCGGAUUCGACGGUACCUACGUAUUCGAUUACACCAUUCUUUUACUCUACAACACAGUCUUCACUUCUCUUCCCGUAGGUAUCAUGGGAGCUUUUGAUCAAGAUACAAACGCCAUCGCAUCAUUAGCUUUUCCUCAACUUUACAAACGUGGUAUUCAAAGUUUAGAAUAUACUCGAACUCGAUUUUGGCUUUAUAUGUUGGACGGAUUAUAUCAAUCAGCCGUCAUUUUCUUUUUACCUUAUCUCGUAACUUAUACCGGUAUUUCAUAUUCUUCUUCUGGUCGUGAUACUUUAUCUCUAUCUAGUUUAGGUGCGACGAUAUCAGCUUGUGGUGUUUUAGCUGCCAACAUGUACGUUGGUAUAAAUACAAGAUAUUGGACCAUCAUAAUGUUUAUCGUUUAUAUAGGAUCAACAUUACUUCUUUAUAUCUUUUUACCCAUUUAUAGCGUCAUAACAGAUAUUCCAUUCGCUGGAACUGUCGAAAUAGUUUAUUCGACAUUUACAUUUUGGGCAACGGUUAUAUUCACAGUUUUCGUUGCUGUUGGUCCUAGAUGGUUAAUCAGAUCAAUCCGACAAUCUUAUUAUCCAUUAGAUAAAGAUAUAGUAAGAGAAGCUUGGAUAAAAGGAGAUUUAAAAAGACAAUUAGGAUUAAAAAGACGUAGAGAUAAAAACCGACCUGAAACGAAAACGAAAACGAAAAUCGAUUCAAACACAAAUACAAAUACGAUAAUAGGGACGGUUUUAAAACGUACUUUUAGUGGUGAUUCUCCAAGAGGUUCAUAUCAACCUGCAAAUCUUUCUUCACCUCAACGUGAUUAUCCACCUAGAUCUCCUUUAUUUUCAGGAUCAGAAAGAAAUCCAUUUUCUUAUCCACCUUCACCUUCAAAUCCAAAUUUCAAUUCUCAGACUUCUCCCACAUAUCACAAUCAAUCAAAUCCUUUAGAAAAUGAUAAUCAUACAACAAACGAUUCAUUCCAUCUUUCACAACCUACAGUCCCACCACCUUUUUCAAAAGAAGAACAAACACCUAUCACAACAGAUGGAUUAAGACCGGUGGAAACUCCUUUAUCUCAAAUUUCUUAUACUUCACCAUCGGCGAUAGAUACUUUUAAUCUAGCUUCAGCGGAGAUAGAUAGAAUGUCUAGGAAUUCAAUGGAUUUACAAAGAAUGUCAAGUUCCAUGAUGGAGAUUGAAAGAUCACAAUCUCCUCAAAAACAUUUAUCACCCAGUGCGAGAAGUUCUUUAGGUUUUGAUAGUACUUCAGUUAGGAGAAGGUCUGUUCCUUUAUCAGGUGGAUUAUCACCUGUUAGAGGAAGUUUUGAUGAUAGACAUUUGAAAUCAAGUGAGGGGGAUGUCUUCAGUGCGAAGGAAGAAGAAGAUGGAUAUAUGGGGAUGGCAGUGUGA